AUGGUCAAAGUCAUGACAGCAGCUGUAAACCCUUCAGACAACUUCUUUGUGAUCGGUCAAUACGGAAGCACUAAGAAAUUCAAGCAACUUCCUGUAGGAACAGGGCUAAGUGGAGCUGGAGUGGUUGUUGAAGUUGGAGAAGGAGUCUCAGAGGAUUUGAUAGGUGCUAGAGUAGCACUAAACCAAAUGCCAAGCAAUCCAGGGUUCAUUGGAACAUACAGGCAGUAUACUUUCAUUAGUGCUAAAACAGUAUAUCCUUUCCCUGAGACAAUGAGCUAUGAUGAUAUCUGUAAUGCAAUGGGUGCUAACCCAAUAACCAUCGCUGGGUUCAUGGAAACUGCGGAAAGAGAUGGGCACAGUGCAUUCAUUAAUGAUGCUGCUGCUUCUUCCUUAGGAAGAAUGUUUGCAAAAUACUGUAAAGUCCACAAACUUCCUCUGAUUAACAUUGUAAGAAGGAAAGAGCAAGUAGAUAUCCUCAAAGAGGAAGGAGCUGAACUUAUCUUAAACUCAAGCGAGUCUACCUUCUUUGAUGACUUAAAAGCAAUGAUUGAUGAGUAUAAACCAACUGCCUUUUUUGAUGCUUUGAGUGGUGAUUUCCCUCAAAAAGUCCUGCAUCUCAUGCCAAGUGGUUCUACCAUGUAUGUUUAUGGAGCUCUUUCUUUGAGUCCUACUGUAAACAUCUCAGGAGGAGACCUCAUCUUCAAGAACCAGACUAUUAGCAACUUCUGGAUCCCUACUUGGAUCAAAAACACUAAGAAGGAUGUCUUAAUGAAAUGGAUGAGAGAUAUAGUUCAGGAUGUAAUGGAAGGAGGCACUAUAUUUGGAACUAAGGUAUCUAAAACAUUCCCUCUUGCUGAAUUCGACUCUGCAAUGAAACAAUGCAUCUGAAGGCAAGGUGAUGAUCAGACCUCAAGAAUAAAAUGACGUAAGAAUAAUAGUUUGGGCAGGCCUAACAAUUUCAAUUACGUAUAA